AUGAAGAGUGACCGGUCCAAAGAUAUUUAUCCUCCAAACUUCAGUAAAGAACCUGAACCCUCAGACACAAAAGUGAUGAAGAGGAGGGGAGUUUGUGUGGAGGAGCAGCCGUCCUGCUGUGCUCGGUGUCAGGACGUCCUGAAGGAUCCAGUCUCUAGCAGCUGUGGACACUGGUUCUGCAGACAGUGCAUCAGCUCAUACUGGGACCAGUCUGCUCCAUCAGGACACUCCUCCUGUCCCCAGUGUGGAGAAAGAUCCAGAAGCAGCAGCUGUGGACAAAGUGUUGGUCUGCAGGAGGUUCUGCAGGAACAUAAGAUGAGUCUGAGGAGGAGAUGUGAACAUGUGACUGAAGGAAGUGAUGAAGCAGGAGGUGGAACCCUCCUCAACAGGAUCUACACUGAGCUCUACAUCACAGAGGGACACAGUGGAGAGGCUGAUGUCCAACAUGAGGUGGAGCAGCUGGAGACAGCUUCCAAGAAGAGCCUCCAUGACACUCCCAUCAGGUGCCAGGACAUCUUUAAAGCCUUACCUGAGCAGCAGAGAGCCAUCAGAGUGGUCCUGACCAACGGCGUGGCCGGCGUGGGAAAAACCUUCUCAGUGCUGAAGUUCACUCUGGACUGGGCAGAGGGCGGAGAAAACCAAGACGUCAGUGUGGUGGUGGUGCUUCCGUUCAGGGAGCUGAACUUGAUCAGAGAUGAGCAGCACAGUCUUCUCACGCUGCUCCAUGUUUUCCAUCCAACGUUACAGAAGGUGACGGCAGAGCAGCUGGCUGUCUGUAAACUUUUGUUCAUCUUUGACGGUCUGGAUGAAAGCAGACUUUCACUGGAUUUCACCAACAGGAAGGUUGUGUCUGACGUCAGCCAGAAGUCAUCGCUGGACGUUCUGCUGGUCAACCUCAUGGAGGGGAAUCUGCUUCCCUCGGCUCUGGUCUGGAUCACUUCCCGCCCUGCGGCAGCCAAUCAGAUCCCUCCUAAACAUGUGGACAGGUUCACAGAAGUACGAGGCUUCACCGACGUCCAGAAGGAGGAGUACUUCAGGAGGAGGAUCAGUGAUGAAGAGCGCUCCAGCACAAUCAUCUCCCACAUGAAGACAUCCAGGAACCUCCACAUCAUGUGUCGACUCCCAGUGUUCUGCUGGAUCACUGCUGCAGUUCUGGAGCACAUGUUGAGCACAGAGCAGAGAGGAGAGCUGCCCCAGAGCAUGACUGAGAUGUUCUCACACUUCCUGCUGGUUCAGACACAGAGGAAGAAGAAGAAGUACCAUGAGGGACCUGAGACGAGUCCACAGGAGCUGACGGAGGCUGACAGGGAAGUUCUUCUGAAGCUGGGGAGGCUGGCCUUUGAACAUCUGGAGAAAGGAAACAUCAUGUUCUACCAAGAAGACCUGGAGCAGUGUGGUCUGGAUGUGACAGAGGCCUCGGUGUUGUCAGGAGUUUGUACCCAGAUCUUCAGAAGAGAGUGUGUGAUGUUCCAGAAACCAGUCUACUGCUUUGUUCAUCUGAGCGUUCAGGAGUUUCUGGCUGCAGUCUACAUGUUCCACUGUUACACCAACAGGAACACUGAGGUGUUGGAGAAGUUCCUGAGAGACUGGAAAGUCAAGAAAAGACACACUCUGAGUAUGUUCCUGAACAGUGUCAUGAAGAAUUCCCUCCUCAGUAGAAAUGGUCACCUGGACCUGUUUGUUCGCUUCCUUCAUGGCCUCUGUCUGGAGUCCAACCAGAGACUCUUAGGAGGUCUGCUGGGUCAGACGGAGAACCAUCCAAAAACAAUCCAGACAGUCAUCAAGAACCUGAAGAAGAUGAAGAACAGUGAUGGAAUGUCUCCAGACAGAAGCAUCAACAUCUUCCACUGUCUGAUGGAGAUGAAGGAUCUCUCAGUACAUCAGGAGAUCCAAGAGUUCCUGCAGUCAGAGAACAGAUCAGAGAAGUUCCUCUCUGAUAUCCAGUGCUCAGCUCUGGCCUACAUGCUGCAGAUGUCAGAGGAGGUUCUGGAUGAGUUGGACCUGGACAAGUACAGAGCAUCAAAGGAGGGAAAACUGAGACUGAUUCCAGCUGUGAGGAACUGCAGAAAGGCUCGACUUUCUGGCUGUAGACUCUCAGAGAGUCACUAUGAAGUCGUGGCCUCAGCUCUGAAGUCCAACCCCUCCCAUCUGAUAGAAAUGGACUUAAGUAGAAACUACCUGCAGGAUUCAUCAGUGAAACAUCUUUGUGAUGGACUGCAGAGCCCAAACUGUAAACUGAAGACUCUCAGAUUGGAGUGGUGCAUUUUGUCAGAGGUCAGCUGUGAUUCUCUGGUCUCAGCUCUGAAGUCCAACCCCUCACAUCUGGAACAUCUGGAUCUGAGCUGGAACAACCUGAUGGAUUCAGGAGUGAAACAUCUGAAAGAUCUUCUGGAGAGUCCAGACUGCAUCCUAAAGGAUCUGAGAUUGAGGAACUGCAGUUUGUCAGAGAUCAGCUGUGAUUCUCUGGUCUCAGCUCUGAAGUCCAACCCCUCACAUCUGGAACAUCUGGACCUGAGUGAGAACAUCCUGAAGGAUUCAGGAGUGAAACAUCUGAGUGGUUUUCUGGAGAGUCCAGACUGCAUCCUGAAGACUCUGAGAUUGAGGAACUGCAGUUUGUCAGAGAUCAGCUGUGAUUCUCUGGUCUCAGUUCUGAAGUCCAACCCCUCACAUCUGGAACAUCUGGACCUGAGCUUCAACGACCUGAAGGAUUCAGGAGUGAAACAUCUGAGUGGUUUUCUGGAGAGUCCAGACUGCAUCCUGAAGACUCUGAGAUUGGAGCGCUGCAGUUUGUCAGAGAUCGACUGUGAUUCUCUGGUCUCAGCUCUGAAGUCCAACCCCUCACAUCUGGAACAUCUGGACCUGAGCUGGAACGACCUGAAGGAUUCAGGAGUGAAACAUCUGAAGGAUCUUCUGGAGAGUCCAGACUGCAUCCUGAAGACUCUGAGAUUGGAGGGCUGCGGUUUGUCAGAGGUCAGCUGUGAUUCUCUGGUCUCAGCUCUGAAGGCCAACCCCUCACAUCUGGAACAUCUGGACCUGAGCGGGAACAACCUGAAGGAUUCAGGAGUGAAACAUCUGAGUGGUUUUCUGGAGAGUCCAGACUGCAUCCUGAAGACUCUGAAAUUGGAGCGCUGCAGGUUGUCAGAAAUCAGCUGUGAUUCUCUGGUCUCAGCUCUGAAGUCCAACCCCUCACAUCUGGAACAUUUGGACCUGAGUUACAACUACCUGGAGGAUUCAGGAGUGAAACAUCUGAAGGAUCUUCUGGAGAGUCCAGACUGCAUCCUGAAGACUCUGAGAGUCGAUGGCAGAGUGUUUGAAACUUCCAGAAACAAAACCUGUGAGUACAAAGUCAUCAAUGAAACUAAAUGA